AUGCGCUUUCCCGUACUUCUCUUCGUCUUGGCAUUUGUUGAUGGGUUGAAAGAUGGCGUCCCGGCCGCGGACAUCAAGGGGCUAUGCGCGUGGAGCCCGCUCCUGAGAUUGGACGAAGACGUGUCUUGCCGCCUCAACACAGCUCCCGUAAACCCGGAGGGCGUCACAGACAGGCUCGCCCGCCACGGAACCGAGGCAGCUGCAAGCUCGAAUGAGACUGGCUGGGAGGGCCCGAAGCACUGCGUCAGGGGGUACUGCGUAUACUCGCACCGGAAGUUCGCAGGCGGCAUCACGGUGAUCACUACUGCCGAGAAUGCGAAGCGGAUAGCAGACAUGCCUGAGGUCACGACGGCCAGGAGUGGGCCACCGCCCUUCUAUGCGACCGAGGUGCCGGGCAAGGGGGCCGGCCUCGUGGCGAACCGGACGAUCAGGCGCGGAGAGAUGAUCAUGACCUGGCAGCCGAGCUUCGUGAUACACCGCCGGCUGCCCGAGGACCUGAGCCAGGAGGAACAGUUCCGCGUGCUGGACGCAGCGCUGCUCAAGCUGCCAGCGCAGCGCCGGCGAGCCUUCCUGAAACAGCUGGGACAGUUUGGCGGGCACCGCGUCAGCGACAUCCUGCUGACCAACUCGUUCCAGAUGGACGUUGGCGCCGAGGGUGGUGGCGAGGAGGGACACCACCUGUCAAACUUCCCCGACGUGAGCCUGUUCAACCACGACUGCCGGCCAAACACGGCCUUCUACAUCGACGACCACCUGACACACCACACCCAUGCGGUGCGGGACAUCGCGGCCGGGGAGGAGCUCACGCUGACGUACAUGAACCCGUUCGAGACGCACGCGGCGCGGCAGGCACACAUCCAGCAGUCGUGGGGGUUCAAGUGCACGUGUCGGCACUGCACGAUGGGCGAGGACGAGGUGCGCGAGUCGGACGCGCGGCUGCACGAGAUCGACGAGAUGGAGGCGGAGCUGGGCAACUUUGGCAGCCCCAGGGCGUCGGUGGAGAUGGUGCAGCGGCUGCUCGAGGUGUACGAGCUCGAGAGGCUGGACGUGAAGGUGCACGGCGCGUAUGUGCUCGCGGCGCUCAACUACAACCUGUUUGGCAAUGCGAAGAAGGCCAAGAAGUAUGCGAAGCUGGCGGUCGAGACGGGCAUCGUCGAGUUUGGGCCGGACGCUGACGACGUGGCGGCGAUGAGGGAGCUGGCAAGAGACCCCAAGGGCCACUUUACCUGGAUGAAGCGGGUGUGA